AUGAAACCUGACACAAGAAAGCCUAAAUCUAAAGAGUUUUUGUUUAUUUUCUUUGACUUGGAAACCCGUCAAGAUGAGUCUCUGCCCUCAGAUCCUGAGUCUAAAUUGCAUCAAGUGAACUUGUGUGUGUCACAACAGUUUUGUUAUCAGUGUAUUGAGGCUAAAUUUUGUAUGGCUUGUAAAAAUCGUACACGAGUGUUUAGUUCUGAACCAGUCACUCAGUUCAUGGACUAUGUGAUGCAAGUCCGUAGAAAUUUUAAAGAUGUAUGUGUUAUUGCACACAAUGGGCAGGGUUUUGAUUUCCAGUUUUUGCUCAAAUAUGUGUUGGAGGAUACAAAGUUUACUCCGAAACUUGUAAUGCGGGGAACUAAGGUCAUUUUGAUGGAGAUUGACAAUGUGAGGUUUGUUGAUUCACUUAGUUAUUUCCCUAUGCCUCUUGCUGCACUACCCAAAGCCUUUGACUUGCCCCCGGAAAAGAAGAAAGGCUAUUUCCCCCACCUCUUUAACACUCUUAAGAAUCAAAAUUAUGUGGGCUCUAUGCCACCAAAGGAGUUUUACUGCCCAGAAUCUAUGUUUGAAAAAUCAUAUAAAGAUUUUGAAAACUGGUAUAAUGAUCAGGUUGCAAACCACUUUACAUUUGACUUUAAGAAAGAAAUCCUCGAGUAUUGUAUGUCGGACGUUGAUAUCUUGGCCCAAGCUUGCUUAAAGUUCCGUUCAAUUUUUCUGCAAGAGUGUAAUGUUGACCCGUUUCUUGAAGCUGUAACCAUCGCCAGUGCAUGCAAUUUGGCCUUCCGUCGGAACUUUUUGAAGAAAAAUACCAUUGGCAUCGUUCCUAAAAACGGGUAUAGGCUUGCAGACGCUCAGUCGGCUAUUGCUUUACAGUGGCUAUCGUGGGAAGAGGAGAAACGUGGAGUUAGAAUUGAACACGCUGGUCGUGGAAAAGAAGUUAAGAUCAAUAAACUGAAAGUAGAUGGGUUUGACGGUCAGAAUAUUUACGAAUUUCAAGGAUGCUACUGGCACGGGUGCCCUAAAUGCUUUCCCUACGACCGUGAACUUGCUUUGAAAGAGGACCCCUCUGACUCACUCCACUUGCGGUAUGAACGGACCAAAUCAAAAAUAGCAAAGUUGGGUGAUAACGUUGUACAAAUGUGGGAAUGUGAAUUUAGACAGUUGAAAAAGACAGAAAACCUGAAACAUCUAGACAAGUUGCCGAUCCUCAACAAUUUACCCCUGAAUCCGAGGCAAGCAUUUUUUGGGGGCCGAACCGGGAAUACUAAAACGUAUCACAAAUGCUCCGAAGGGGAAACUAUUGAAUACGUUGAUGUAUGCUCUCUCUAUCCCUGGGUAUGUAAAUACGGCAAGUACCCUGUAGGCCAUCCAACAAUCUAUGUAGGAGACAAAGAGUGUAGACAGAGAGGUCUUAAUGUUGAGGGCCUAUUAAAGUGUAAAGUACUCCCACCACGCGAUCUUUACCAUCCUGUGCUCCCAGCUAAAAUGAAUGACAAGUUAAUGUUUGUUUUGUGUGCGACUUGUGGAGAUGGUCAGGUUCAAAGUGAUUGCGACCACGAAAGUGGUGACAGAGCACUAAUUGGGACCUGGACUAUGGACGAAGUUCGUAAAGCUGUAGAAAAGGGCUAUGUUGUACUUGAUAUGUAUGAACUUUGGGAGUAUAAGCUUACACUACUGCCCAAGCGAGAUUAA